AGCUAGGUAAUCUGGGUAGCUCACUGCAGUGCUCUCCAAAGGUGUUACGGUUAAUGGUAGCUGAUCGGCUAUCACCCCCUAAAGACUCUCUGUAGUUUGCCUUCUUGACACACCUUUUGUUGUCUCGUCGUCUAGCUAGAGUCGGCUAACGGUUGCUAGCGAGCAUCACCCGCUUCGACUACCCGCCAGCGGUGAAGUAAAAUUAGGGCAAAAAUAGUUACUCUGAAGCCGAGGGAGCCGAGAAGUGACGGCCGACACCCUGCCAGGAUGAGUGGUGAUGACUUGAACCCAGCUGCUGUGGCUCAGCCAGUAGAGGAUGCACAAGGAGAUGACCGUUGGAUGUCACAGCACACAAGAUUUGUGCAGGAGUGUAAGGAUGCUGAACCAGAUGUGCUUUUUGUGGGGGACUCUAUGGUACAGCUAAUGCAGCAGUUUGAGGUCUGGAGGGAGUUAUUCUCUCCUCUCCAUGCACUCAACUUUGGAAUUGCAGGGGACACCACCUGUAAUGUGCUGUGGAGGCUGCAGAAUGGAGAGCUGGAGAACAUCUGUCCCAAGGUGGUGGUGUUGUGGGUAGGAACCAACAAUCACGAACACACAGCAGAGCAAGUUGCAGGAGGAAUUCUUGCAAUUGCGCAGCUGCUCACUUCCCGCCUCCCCAAGGCAAAGAUAGUUGUACUGGGUCUGUUGCCUCGAGGGGAGCGACCCAACCCACUGAGGGAGAAGAACACGGCGGUUAACGGGUACCUGCGCUCCUGGCUGCCUCGUCUGGGCCGCGCUCAACUCCUAGAUGUCAGCGGGGAUUUCGUUCACUCGGAUGGAGCCAUCAGCCUCCAGGACAUGUUUGACUUCCUCCAUCUGACGCCGACAGGAUACCGCACCAUGGCGAAGCCCCUCAGUGACCUGUUGCUUCAGAUCCUGGAGGAAACGCCAGAGGAGAGACAGGUGUCGCCUGUUUGAGGGCCGUGGCCUAGCAGCACAUUUAUCCAGAGGUAUGUCUCACCCGCUGCUGUGGGAGACGGGGGAGACAUGUCCCUGGUAUCUAGAGGAGGAAGGGCUCUCUCAUAGGGGGAAUAGGCACCCUGAUGUGAGUGGGCCCAGGAAAGGGGUGUGGGAUCACAUUGAUGAGCGGAGGGUUGGGUGUGGAGAGGUGCUAAAGAGGGAGAGAGACCUCACUACAGAUGUAGACACUGUGAUUUCAGUCGAAACCUCUAUUGCAAAAUGAUUUACCAAGGUUACUGAGAUCAUGUGGUACUUAUUAAUUUUGGCCUGUGGAGAAAACGAGUGUUUCCCUCUCACCUGUGCCACGGAGAUGUGAUACAAAUCUAAAAAAGUCCAGUGCACAACAUACUCCCAGUGGGCAGAACAUUAUCCAAAAUGUUAUAAUGUUAUGAGUCUGACCAGUAGGCUGCAGAGCAGUGGUUCCCAACCUAGGGGUCAAGGUGUUGCAUGAUCAUUUAAGGGAAAAUAUGGAACAACAUAUUUGUUUCUUUUUUUCUGACAUUUCUCUAAUUUGUUCUUCUUUUUUUCUUGCAAAACACUAAAUACUUUCACCUCUUCAGGUCAAAUAGAAACAAUCUGAGAAGUUAAAAUCACUCUUUGGUGUGGCAUUGUUUCCUUUAAAGUAGAGCUGGGCAAUAUGGAGAAAAUCAAAUAUCCCGAUAUUUUUGGCCAGAUACCUCGAUAUUGAUAUUGUAGGGUUGACAAUUGGUGCUUUCACAAAAUA